CUUCUCUCUCUCUCUCGUACUGCUACAAAACUUUUUUUUAACUCUCCUAUCCUGUUUCUCUACCCGCUUCCCUGCUUCGCGGCAUCUACCACCGCCACGGCGCCACCGCCGCCGGCGAUCUCCCCCGCCGCUUCCCCGGUCCGCCGAGAUCGUCGAGUUAACCACCUCUUUCCCGGCGCAAGAUCCCCCUUCCCUCGAUUGCGGAAGAAGCUGGGCCUCCCCUCUCUUCUCCGUUCCAGAUACCGGAGAACGCGGGGCAGGGCCAGCGACGAUGCGCGGCGGCGAAGGGAGCCGCGCUCCGGUCCCGCCGCGGCUCACGUGUCGCGGCUGUAGAUAGCAAGAUCUUGUCACCGCUCCGGUCCCCUCCGGCCGGUGACUUCGCUGCUCCGUCCAGGCGGGCGGCUGCGGCGGGGAGAUGCCGUCUCUGCAGCUGCUGCAGCUGACCGAGCAUGGGCGGGGGCUCCUGGCGUCACGGAGGAGGACGCUGGCUGUCGUCUCUGGCGCGCUGGUCGCCGGCGGGGCUCUGGCGUACGCGCGGUCGGGCAGGAGACGCCGCUCAGAAGCUGCCGCCAAUGGUGACGUUGGUGGCGAUGCGUUGGGCAGGAAUGGGGAGAGGUUGGGGCACGGUGGCGCGGAUGGCCGGGUGGCCGCCUCGAAGCGGAGGAAGAGCGCGCUGAAGUCCCUGCAUUUCUUGGCCGCUAUCCUGCUCAAGAAGAUUGGGCCGAAUGGCACACGAUACCUUCUCGGGUUGAUGUUAACGGCUGUGCUACGUACUGCUGUCGGGCAUAGAUUAGCAAAAGUUCAAGGCUAUUUGUUUAAAGCAGCAUUUCUUCGGCGUGUUCCAACCUUUACACGCCUAAUUGUAGAAAAUCUCAUCUUAUGCUUUCUCCAAUCAGCUGUGUACCAGACCUCAAAAUACUUAACAGGGUCUUUGAAUUUGCGCUUCAAGAAAAUUUUGACAGAUCUUGUCCAUGCCGAUUACUUUCAGAAUAUGGUUUACUACAAGAUGUCACACGUGGAUCAUCGAAUAUCAAACCCGGAGCAAAGGAUUGCGAGUGAUAUUCCAAAGUUCUGUUCUGAACUUAGUGAACUUGUACAGGAUGAUUUGGCUGCACUUGCAGAAGGGUUGAUAUAUACCUGGCGCCUCUGUUCUUAUGCUAGUCCAAAAUACAUGUUAUGGAUUCUGGGAUAUAUACUAGUCGCUGGAGGAGCAAUUAGAAAUUUCUCUCCUGCUUUUGGAAAGCUGAAAUCCACGGAGCAGCACCUAGAAGGGGAGUAUCGUCAACUUCAUUCACGCUUAAGAACUCAUGCAGAGAGUGUGGCAUUUUAUGGUGGCGAGAAGAGAGAAGAAUCUCAUAUUAUGCAGCGGUUCCAGGCUCUUGUUGGACACUUGAAGCAUGUACUCCAUGAAAAUUGGUGGUUUGGCAUGAUUCAAGAUUUCUUUCUGAAGUACUUUGGUGCCACUGUAGCAGUUGUCCUGAUUAUCGAACCGUUCUUCUCUGGCGACCUUAGACCUGAUUCAUCUACCUUAGGAAGGGCUGAUAUGUUGAGUAAUCUUAGAUACCACACAAGUGUGAUCAUAUCACUAUUUCAGUCUCUAGGGACCCUCUCUAUCAGCUCCAGACGUUUAAAUAUCCUGAGUGGCUAUGCAGACCGGAUUCGUGAGUUACUAGAUGUUUCACGAGAGCUGUCCGGGGUCCGUGAUAGAUCGUUGAAUCACAAUUCUUCUGCUGGAAAUUAUAUCAGUGAAGCAAACCAUAUAGAAUUUUCAGGUGUUAAGGUGGUAACACCUGCUGGGAAUGUUUUGGUUGAAGAUUUAACUCUCCGAGUUGAAACAGGCUCUAAUCUUUUGAUCACCGGCCCAAAUGGUAGCGGUAAAAGCUCCCUGUUUCGGGUCCUUGGGGGCCUAUGGCCACUGGUAUCUGGCCAUAUUGUCAAACCUGGUGUCGGUUCAGAUCUUAACAAAGAAAUCUUUUAUGUCCCACAAAGACCAUACACAGCUGUUGGCACACUUCGUGAACAGCUAAUCUAUCCUCUUACAGCAGAUCAGGAGAUUGUACCACUUAGCUAUGAUGGCAUGGUGGACCUCUUAAAGAAUGUUGACCUGGAAUAUUUGUUAGAACGUUAUCCUCUUGACAAGGAAGUUAAUUGGGGUAAUGAAUUGUCCCUUGGUGAGCAACAGAGAUUAGGAAUGGCUAGGCUGUUCUACCAUAAGCCAAAGUUUGCCAUUCUUGAUGAGUGUACUAGUGCCGUGACAAUUGAUAUGGAAGAACGGUUUUGCAAGAAGGUUCGAGCGAUGGGAACAUCAUGCAUAACAAUAUCUCAUCGCCCAGCUUUGGUUGCAUUUCAUAAUAUUGUUUUGUCCUUGGACGGUGAAGGAGGGUGGGAUGUUCAGCACAGAAGGGAUGACUCGUCAUUUUAUACUGAAGAGUCUGACUUUACAUCAUUGGAAACUGAUCGUAAAUCAGAUGCCCUAACUGUUCAGAGGGCUUUUAUGAACAGGGCAAAGAGCAAUGCUUCAUUAAGGUCGGAACAUUCUUACUCUACAAAGGUUAUAGCAAGUUCCCAAAAGUUGGAAAGAGAACAGACAGUACGAACACCUCUAAUCCCACAGUUACAAUGCUCCCCAAGGCCCCUGCCUCUGAGAGCAGCUGCAAUGCUUAAAAUAUUGGUUCCCAAGUUACUAGACAAACAAGGAGGGCAGUUGCUUGCUGUUGCUCUACUUAUUUUCUCUCGCACUGUGAUCUCGGACCGUAUUGCUUCGUUGAAUGGGACUACUGUUAAGUUUGUCUUGGAGCAGGAUAAAGCUGCAUUUAUACGUCUGGUUGGUAUCAGUGUUCUGCAAAGCGCUGCAAAUUCUUUUGUCGCACCAUCUCUCAGAACCCUUACUGCAAGACUUGCUCUUGGAUGGCGAAUUCGCAUGACCAACCAUUUGCUUCAGUUUUAUUUGAGAAGAAAUGCAUUCUACAAGGUAUUCAAUAUGUCAGGUAAAAGUAUUGAUGCAGACCAAAGACUGACACUUGAUGUGGAUAAGUUGACCACUGAUCUUGCUGGACUGGUUACUGGAAUGGUAAAACCACUAGUCGACAUUCUUUGGUUUACGUGGAGGAUGAAGCUUUUGUCUGGACGGAGAGGAGUUGGUAUCUUGUAUGCUUACAUGUUACUAGGAUUGGGCUUUCUGAGAGCUGUAUCCCCUGACUUUGGUAAUCUUGCAAGUGAAGAACAAGAACUUGAAGGAACUUUCAGGUUCAUGCACUCGAGGCUGCGGACACACGCUGAGUCAAUUGCUUUCUUUGGUGGCGGUUCAAGAGAAAAAGCUAUGGUUGAGGCUAAAUUCAUGAAAUUGCAGAACCACUCAAAGGUUCUAUUGAGAAAACAAUGGCUUUAUGGUAUUGUUGAUGAUUUUGUGACAAAGCAACUCCCACACAAUGUGACAUGGGGUCUGAGUUUGUUGUAUGCUCUGGAGCACAAGGGCGACAGAGCUUUGACUUCAACACAAGGAGAGCUGGCUCAUGCUCUGCGGUUCUUGGCAUCGGUGGUGUCACAAAGCUUCGUAGCGUUUGGUGACAUUCUUGAGUUACAUAAAAAAUUCCUUGAACUUUCUGGUGGGAUUAACAGAAUCUUUGAGCUAGAGGAGGUCCUACAUGCAGCUCAAAGGGAUACUCCUGUGCCUUCCAGUGCCAUUAGUACAGCCUCAGAAGAAAUUAUUUCGUUUCAUGAAGUGGAUAUUGUAACACCAUCGCAGAAACUAUUGGCUAGCAAGCUGUCAUGCAACGUGGUACAAGGGAAAAGCCUUCUUCUGACGGGCCCCAAUGGUACGGGGAAGAGCUCUGUUUUCAGGGUGCUCAGAGACUUAUGGCCUGCCUUUUCCGGGAGAGUUACCAAGCCCUCUGAAGGGAUGUUUCAUGUUCCUCAGAGUCCAUAUACCAGCUUGGGUACUCUGAGGGAUCAGGUCAUGUACCCUCUGUCAAGGGAGGAGGCAGAGAUGAAGAUUCUUUCGUUAUAUAAAGAUGGCAACAUGGCUAGUGCUCCUGAGUUGCUAGAUGAUCACCUGAAGACGGUUCUUGUGAAUGUUCGGUUGGUCUAUCUUCUGGAAAGAGAAGGUUGGGACUCUACUCCGAACUGGGAAGACAUUCUGUCGCUGGGAGAACAGCAGAGACUCGGGAUGGCUCGUUUGUUCUUCCACCAUCCUAAAUUCGGUAUCCUUGACGAGUGCACAAAUGCUACGAGUGUCGAUGUUGAAGAGCAUCUGUACAGGCUAGCGACUAACAUGGGCAUAACCGUGAUUACUUCGUCUCAAAGGCCUGCUCUGAUACCCUUCCAUUCCGUUGAGUUAAAGCUCAUCGAUGGCGAGGGAAACUGGGAGCUGUGUGAGAUCCAACAUUGAUUGACGCAACCAGUUAGAAAUUUCUCAGUCUACAGUAAGCUGCGCGUUAGAGGAUAUGCCGCUUCCUACUUCUACUGCAGUAAUCUGUUCAUAUCGGGUCAUCCUCAUGUGCCUCUGGAAGCUGAAGCAGCCUGUACAAUAAUCAGCUCGAAAGAACAAAGAAAGGAGUUCUUGUUGUGCAUUCGACGCAGAACAUGGCAAUUGUAGUCUAGUUAUACAGAGUUUGGUAAAGAUUGAACGCGCCGGGGAUGGCGGUGAACUGGUAAAUUAGGAUUCAAAGAUGUGGAAUGAAGUAGGAGAAUAGAGUAGCAGUACAUAGCUCAAAGCAGCUGUUAAUUCAUCCAACCUAUUAUUAUUGAUUGGUUCCAUACAUGUGAAAUAAAUUUGGCUGUUGCUGCCAUCAUCAUAAUCAUCGGCGUCAAGCUGAACCUUUCGGCGGGAGCGUCCGAUUUAAUGCAUAUCACAUUUUUCUUAUAAGUGUGAAUAUUUUGUUUAAUGAAUCACAUUUUUGUUUA